UUUAAAUACACGACAUACAUAUAUAACCGAUAUUGAUUUAAAUGUAGAACAUUGUAGUCAUUGGUUAUAUACAUUACCUGUGUAUUAUACAUUCAACAUGAUAAGUGACAAAAUGGCACAGGCAGCAUCUAAAACUUGUGAGAUAUGUGUUAGUGCCUCUGGAUCUCAUUACUGUUUAGAGUGUGAACAGUACUUUUGUGACAAUUGUAAAGGCUUUCAUAAACGACAGAGAGGGACAAAGAACCACCAGUUUCAAUCUUCCUUUGAUGUUAUACCGGAAGUUAAAUCAAAAUGUAAAGACCACAAUGAAGACGUAAGUUUUGUAUGUAAUACCUGUAACGUAGCGGUAUGUAGCAGUUGUGUGACUGGCAGUCACUCAGGACAUGCCUUUUCCAAACUUCUCGACAGCAUAUCACAGCUGAAGGAGACGAAUACAACAGACCUGCGAAGUAAGGUGCAUGAGGCAACACAAAAUAUGAAGCAAAUAGAAGAAGGUCUGAAGGCAUUUGAUGUGAAGGUGGCAGGAAUAGUCAAAGCUAUUACAGAAGAAGGUACAAAGAUAAAGACUAUGAUUGAUAAAUGUAUCUCAGAGAAGAUCGCAUCGGUCAAGGAUCAAUCCAGGAAGGAAAGGGACAAAUUAACAAAGCUAUUGGAAGAUACUCAAAUGGAUUUAAAGGCAGGACACGACUUAGACAAGAAAAUUCAUGAAUUCAACAAGAUACCAAACGAUGGAAAAUUGUUGCAGUCUUUACAGAAGAUUACAGACGACAUCGCAAAGCUGAGGGUAAAGCCUAAACCUGAAUUUCCGAACGUACAGUAUACUGCUAAGUCUGCAACAGAUAACGACGUAAAACAGCUGUUUGGUAACUACAUAAUCAGUGCUUCCAAGCAGGAUGUGAUACCAAAGGAGCAAGGAAAAUACCUGUUCAGAUGUAACAAGUGUGGAAAGGAAGAGAGAACUGAUACAUUCUUGGCCACCGGCAAUAGACAGUAA